AUGGAUUUCCCCCAGCACAGCAAGCAAGUCCUGGAACAGCUGAACCAGCAGCGGCAGCUGGGUUUGCUGUGCGACUGCACCUUUGUGGUGGACGGCAUCGACUUCAAGGCUCACAAAGCUGUGCUGGCGGCCUGCAGCGAGUAUUUCAGGAUGCUUUUCGUCGACCAGAAGGACGUGGUGCACCUCGACAUCAGCAACGCAGCAGGCCUGGGCCAGGUUUUGGAGUUCAUGUACACGGCUAAGCUAAGCCUGAACCCUGACAACGUGGAAGAUGUGCUGGCCGUGGCGGGUUUCCUCCAGAUGCAGGAGAUUGUCAGCGCUUGCAACGCUCUCAAGUCCCUCAGCGCACCAGCAGAAAGCCCCGCUGAGAGCCAGCAGCCCCCCGCCGAAAUUGGGGCCGACAAGGCAGCUGUCGAGGACAAGAAAUCAACUGCGGAAGCACUGAGUGAUCUUGAUAAAAUAAAACCAGUUCCUCCCGAUCCAGAGGGGAAGGAAGAGACGUCCGUGGCCGCAGCAGCACAGCCCAAGGCGCAGACAGAGCAGCUGGGUGGCCAAGAAGGGGCAGAUGCUGGUGUCCAAGAGGGCCCCGAUGCCGAAUUCCCCAGCCACCCGCAGCCAGCGGAGAGCGUGGUCAGCAGCGGCAGCUCCGCGGCAAAGGGUGACAUCUCUCUGGGUGCCGAAACAGGAGAGAUGGAGCUGGAAGGGAAGGAGGAGGAGGAGGGGGAGAUGAUGGUGGAGGACCAAGAGGAGGCUAAAAUCCCUGAGGAAGAGCAGCCCCGGUUAGAAAAUGGAGAAAAUGCCGAAGAUAACGAAUCGGGGAGCACUGACUCCGGGCAGGAGAACUCGGGUGAAACCCGUCUGCUGCGUUCGGGUACUUACAGCGACAGGACCGAGUCGAAAGCCUACGGCUCCGUCACCCACAAGUGCGAGGACUGCGGGAAGGAGUUCACCCACACCGGUAACUUCAAGCGGCACAUCCGUAUCCACACCGGCGAGAAACCCUUCUCCUGCAGGGAGUGUAACAAAGCCUUCUCUGACCCGGCUGCGUGCAAAGCCCACGAGAAGACGCACAGGUACGACAACACCGGGGACCGAGAGGUGCCACCGGGCCGAGCUGGGUGCAGAAAGGCUUGUGCCAACGCCGGUGGUUGGCGUGAGGGUUUGAGCAAGAGGUUGGUACACCUGCGGAACCUCCACAAGAAACGGCACACGGGGGAGGCCAAAUACCGCUGCGAUGACUGCGGCAAGCUCUUCACCACCUCCGGCAACCUCAAACGGCACCAACUGGUCCACAGCGGGGAGAAACCGUACCAGUGUGACUACUGCGGGCGCUCCUUCUCCGAUCCCACCUCUAAAAUGCGGCACCUGGAGACCCACGACACCGACAAGGAGCACAAGUGUCCCCACUGCGACAAGAAAUUCAACCAGGUGGGGAACUUGAAGGCUCACUUGAAGAUUCACAUCGCUGACGGACCCCUGAAGUGUCGGGAGUGCGGCAAGCAGUUCACCACUUCAGGCAACCUGAAACGGCACCUCCGGAUCCACAGCGGGGAGAAACCCUACGUCUGCGUCCACUGCCAGCGCCAGUUUGCCGAUCCCGGAGCGCUCCAGCGCCAUGUCCGCAUCCACACUGGAGAGAAGCCAUGCCAGUGUUUAAUCUGCGGAAAAGCCUUCACUCAAGCGAGCUCCCUCAUCGCCCACGUACGCCAACACACGGGGGAGAAGCCCUACGUCUGCGAACGCUGCGGCAAGAGGUUCGUCCAGUCGAGCCAACUGGCCAACCACAUCCGCCAUCAUGAUAAUAUCCGACCCCACAAAUGCACCGUUUGCAACAAAGCCUUCGUCAACGUGGGCGAUCUCUCCAAACACAUCAUCAUCCACACCGGGGAGAAGCCCUUCUUGUGCGACAAAUGCGGCCGGGGUUUCAACCGGGUGGACAACCUGCGUUCUCAUGUCAAGACGGUUCAUCAAGGCAAGGCGGGCAUUAAAAUCCUCGAGCCGGAGGAAGGCGACGAGGUCAACAUUGUCACGGUGGCUUCUGAUGACAUGGUGACGUUGGCCACCGAGGCGCUGGCUGCCACCGCUGUCACGCAGCUCACGGUGGUUCCUGUAGCAGCUGCGGUGACGGCGGAUGAGACCGAAGCACUUAAAGCCGAAAUCACCAAAGCAGUGAAACAAGUGCAAGAAGCAGACCCCAACACCCAGAUCCUCUACGCUUGCGAUUCCUGUGGGGAAAAAUUCCUGGAUGCCACCAGCCUGGCGCAGCACGUCCGCAUCCACACCGCCCAGGCCCUCGUCAUGUUCCAGGCCGACACGGACUUUUACCAGCAGUACGGAACGGCCACAGCUUGGCAAACGGAACAGGUCAUUCCUGCCGGAGAGCUGGUUUUUCAGAGCAGGGACUUGGGACUUGGGACAAAAAGUCCAUUUUUGUGGGGAUUUGUGCGUGAGGAAGGAGGAG